AGAAAGGGUUCGGGGAUCUUUUCUAACUGUACUGGUGGUGAAUCUGUCAAAGAAGUCGUAACUUUUUCGGGAGAAAUUAUGCCUGAGCCUUCGAAAUCUGCUCCGGCUCCUAAAAAGGGGUCCAAGAAAGCCAUAACCAAGGCGCAGAAGAAGGAUGGCAAGAAGCGUAAGCGCAGCCGCAAGGAGAGCUAUUCCAUCUACGUGUAUAAGGUGCUGAAGCAGGUCCACCCUGACACCGGAAUCUCAUCCAAGGCAAUGGGCAUUAUGAAUUCCUUCGUCAACGACAUCUUCGAGCGCAUUGCUGGUGAGGCGUCUCGCCUGGCGCACUACAACAAGCGCUCUACCAUUACCUCCAGGGAAAUCCAAACGGCCGUGCGCCUGCUGCUGCCCGGGGAGUUGGCCAAGCACGCUGUGUCCGAGGGCACCAAGGCCGUCACCAAGUACACAAGCUCCAAGUAAACGUGCGUGUAUAGGCUAUUUCUAAUCCAAAGGCUCUUUUCAGAGCCACCUACUUUCUCGGAUUGAGAGCUGUACCUGCAAUAGUUUUGGCCAAGGGGGUAAAGCUGAGGUAGUUAGGAGUGAAGUUAGAAAUGAAAGCUAUUUUUUGCGGCCCCAAGCUUCAAAGAAAAAGCUGUUUUAUACUUUUACUAGAAACCCACGUUCUCAUUGUUCAGUGUAAUACUCUGGGCACUCGUUCGACUAUUCUUGGAAACGCUCACUCCUCCCCUCCCGGGUCCCAGCGUUUUCGGAAUGGUGGUUGGAAGUUUCCUGGAGAAUAAUGGCAUUUCCGCGGGGUUUCUGCGGUUAAGAACCCGCUGAGGGUGUGGCUAGCCUGCUGUUAAUUGCCCGGGGGCGAGAGGGAGGAGGAUGUGGGGUCUUUUUACCGGAAACUUGAACUCAAGAUGUCACAUGUAGCUGCGUGCAUUGGGGAAACACGUAAGGAAAACUCCAGUGGUUUUCCUGGGUAAUUCUGUAGCGUCUACUCGUCCUCUUUGCCAUUCUACAGCCGUUUAAGUUUUUACUGUAUACAAGAAAUCCGUACCUCAUUUCAUGUAUUGCUAACGGGCUUGUCACCAGAAAGGGUCAGGAGUGGUGGCUAGAGCUCUGGGAAGACAAAGGGUUUGAAUUUCCCUCUUGUUCCUAUCUGGCGUCACCUUGUGGCUGACUGGGAGGAUGUCAGUUGGAGGGGCCGACUGCCAGUUUUUCUUUGUAGGCCUUUUUGCAAGAAUCUGAAAGUCCAAAAGUACCGAUUUUGGCUGCGGGGUUAUGGGAGAGGUAGGAAGACAGAAGAGACAGCCGUCAAUUAAAAAGAAAAAUAUUUUCAGUCCGUUUAGUAGCCUUUUACGUAGGUGACAUAUAGCAGUCUCUUUGGAGAAUGAAACAAAAUUUAAAGUGGAAUUUCUCAAACAGGACCUCUUAAAGGAAAAUAAAAGUUACCUUCUCCAGUAUCCCAGGCAAGAUGUCAGCCUCAGUGUGAGAAGCACUUCCUAUCCCAGUGUAUGCAAAAUGUGAAUGAGACAUUUGUCUUAAAAAUGGAUAAUGCUUUUUUUUUUUACACUGUAACAAUAGCUACCCGCCCUCCAAACCCAGUAAAUUUCUCCACAAAGUUGGAAGAGAAAGAACGCAGUUUUAUUAUUGAAUAGCAUUAAACCAGAAUGUGAUGUUUCACAGGCAAUGUGCUUUAAAUAUUGCAAAGACAGAAAGAAAUCUCACUUUACUAUGUAACUAAGUGGAUACAACCCAUCUUAGUUAUCUAGGGCUACUAAAAUAGAAAUACCACAAGUGGAUGGCUCUAACAAAGAGAAAUUUAUUCUCUCACAGUUUA